GCAGAGCAGUGUGGGGCCAGCACCCUUGGUGCUAUCACUACAAACACAGGAACUGGGCCCCCCCCCGCCUCCCCCAGCGCAGGAAACCACAGGGGCGGAAGCGCCGCUCAGCUUCUGGGACUUGGUGCCGAGCCACCCGCGCCCUGGGGGGCCGAGGGGAGCAGGCGGCAGGUGCAGGGGGGGGCCCAGGGAUGCGCUGAGCGACCAUGGAUGAGGAGGGGCCGGCGGAGCAGGAGUCAUGGUCCCCGGUGCAUCGGGAGCGGUCCCAGACCUCGGGGUCCCUGUCCGAGGGCUCGGGGAAGAAGCGGAAGCAGCAGGGGGUACCUGGCAUGGGGCAGCGGGGGCCUGAGCCCCAGACCUCCGAUGACAAGGAACCCUGCACCAAACGGGUGAGACCUGUCGCCAAGACCCUGUCGGGCUCGGGGCCCCCGUCAGCCAAGGUGACACCCCUGAAACGCCUGAGCCAGUCGAUCCAAAGGUCCAUCAGCUUCAAGGCGGAGCCCCGCCCCCCAGGCUACGUCCCGCCCCCCCGGGCCGGGGGCUGCCGGCGCCGCAGCAGCAAACUCUGGAGCGAGACUUUCGACCGGGUCAGUGAGGAGCUCUCGGCCCAUGAGGUGAAACGACAGGAGGUGAUCUUCGAGCUGAUGCAGGGGGAGCAGCAACUGGUGGACGAUUUGAACCUGGUGAAAAAGAACUACUACGAGCCAAUGCUGACACUGGCCAUCCUGCCCGAGGCCGAGCUGCGCGAGAUCUUCGGGACCCUGGAUUCCCUGGCCCCGCUGCACGAAGAUUUGCUGGGGCGGCUGAUGGGUCUGAGGCAGGAGGACGGGACGGUGCCUGAGCUGGGACCCACCCUGCUGGACUGGCUGCCCAGGUUGCAGGCCUACGAACCCUACUGCUGCCACCAGGUGUGGGCCAAGGCGCGGCUGGACAGCCGGAAGCGGGAGCCGGCCGUGGGGGAAUUCCUGCGCCUCUGCCAGGAGUCGGCCUUCAGCCGCAAGCUGGAACUGUGGAGUUUCCUGGACCUUCCCCGCAGCCGCCUGGUCAAGUACCCGCUGCUGCUGCGGGAGGUGCUGCGCCAGACGCCCCCCGAGCACCCCGACCACGGGGCCCUGCAGCGGGCGGUGGCGCUGGCCCAGGACCUGGUGGGGCUGAUCAACAGGAAGACGGGGGAGGCCGAGUGCCGCUACUACCAGCAACGGCUGAGCUACCCUGACGGGGGCCCCCGGCACCCCGGCAUCGACCGCUCCAGCCUGCUGCUCUGCCACGGCGAACUCCGCAACAGCAAGGGGCAGAGGCUGCACGUGUUCCUGUUCCAGGAGGCGCUGGUGCUGACCCGGCCCGUCCUGCAGGGCCAGCACGUCGUCUUCCAGGUCCAGGGGCCCCCCCUGCCCGUCGGCCAGCUGGAGGUGCAGGACCUGCCUGACGGGGGGCCCCGGCUCGGGGGGGCCCUGCGUGAGCGCGCCAGGAGCUGCCUGCGGGUCAGCGCCGGGGCCCAGGCCCACACGCUGCAGGCGGCCGACGCCUUCGACAAGCAGCAGUGGUUGAGUCACCUGCGCCAGGCCCUGGCCGCCCGCCCCCCCCAGGAGCUCGAGUGCAGCCUGGGGCCCCUGGCUGCCCUGCGCCUGGACUGCGACCCCCCCAUGGACCACACCUGAGCUGGGGUUCGCCAUCACGUGGAGCUGAGAGCUGAGCGCCCGGACGCCUGGGUCCCUCCGUGACAGGCCCACGGAGCCGAAUUCAUCUUUCUCCAUCUCUCCCCGGACUCCUGGGUCCAUCCCCCCCCCCCUGUAUUUAUUGCGGCCGAGGGCUAUUAACCCCGCGCGGGCUGCUCUCGGGCCGUCUCCCCUCCCGCGGCGGUCCUGCCCCCCCCCCCCAGGUUGGAAGACGAAGCUGCCCCCUGGCCACCCUGGAUUGGGAGUGGGGGGCCCGGGGCUGCCCCUCUGCGGGGGGCCCUCGCGUGUCCCUGCUGCCCUGUACCCCCCCCCCGGCCUUUCUGUGACCAGCUGCCAAUAAACGUGUGAUGGUCACG